GCUCUGUGGUACUUGUAGGGAGAAAGAUGAAUAGCAGAAUUGAAAGGUUGCUUUUUUGUCCACUGCUGGACCCUCGUGAGAUAUAUGUGACUCCCCAUGGCUCUUUGCGCAGAUCUUCUUCUGAUGCUUUGUACUGGAACGGAUCCUGCUAUCGUGGGCAGUCCGCUUACGAAAUCUCUUGGGGAUAUGCUCGUCAUCUGGGUGAUAUCCUGGCUGUUUGUGAAGCUUUAUUGCAGUUCGACGUCGAGUCUCCGGCUUCAGACUUCCAAUAAUGUGUGCUGGGAUUCGAGAAGCGAAUCAUUUCGAUCUCUGUUACAGUUGAGGAGACGCUGUCGACUGAAUUCGCGACUGUUUUUCCACUGUACUGCCCUUAUCAACGUCUUCUCGGGAACAUUCAGGCAUUUUGUAUUUGGAGCAUAUAGACCAGGUCCGCGGCUCGUGCGAUUUCAAACAGCUUGGAGAGCGUAGAUGACAAAAUUUCCACCCAUCCAGCACUGACAUCCAUCCAGUGCUGUCAAACAUCCAGCAGUUCGUCCUUCA